AUGGGGGCGCGCUCCGUGAGGGAGAUGCUGAGGCUUCCGCCGGGGGGCGCGGACGACGAAGAGUUGAUCAGGCGGCUGUUCAAUGAGGACAUCAACAAGAUGGGCGGCGGCGUGGUGCUGUGCGUGGAGGACGUUGCGAGGGCGGCGGUGUUCCUGGUGUCCGACGAUGCCAGGUACAUCACCGGGCAUAAUCUCAUGGUGGACGGCAGGUUCUCCGUGGGGAAGCCGCUCAACGUCCCGGCACGUUAAGGACGGCGAUAAAAAUAAAAUAUAAAAUAAAUCGGAAGGAAAAAAGUGUACUUUGGUCUCAGUUGGCAGAGCUCCGUGAGUUC